UUAUCUCCAAGUCACAACAAGCUGUACAGUCAUACCUUUCGCUAAACUAAACAAAACUCGGACAAUGCGAGUAUUGUUACACGUUAUCAUGUAUAUUUAAUAAUAAGAAGACUCAACACUGCAGUUAUAAUCCUUUCAGUAUUUACACAAAUAAUUAAACUGCAGUUUUAGUAAGUGCGUCUUGGUGCAGCGUGCAUUUUGUAACAACUUCCAAAUAUGGCAAACCAACUCGAUAAGGUCAUCAUGUGCCCCAUAUGUCUCGACACCAUGACGAAACCCAUCCUGCAAUGCGAAACGGGCCAUAGCAUGUGCGGUGACUGCAUCACCUCCAACUCCGUCAAGAGUUGCCCCCAAUGCAGAGGCCCCAUUUCCAAAACCCGCAACUACCAACUAGAGCAAAUCAUCGAAAACAUCCCCAAAAGCUUACGAGGCCCGUGCUUCUUCGCAGACAAAGGCUGCAAAUACCUCCUUCUGCCCACGGAAAAAGCAGACCAUGAGGCUGAGUGCAAAAACCGAAAGUUCCUCUGCGAGGGACGAAAGUUCGCCAAGUGGAAGUGCGAAUGGUUCGGGAGUUACACAGAGCUGGAGAAACAUUUCAAGCAAGUACACAGGAACAACAUGGAGUAUAAAAUGCAGAUGGAUUUGAGCGUUGAUCUCAAGAAGGAUCACCGUGAUGUUCAGAUAAUCUCGUUCUUCAAUGGGGCGCAGUACUUUUGGUAUAAGUUUAUGGUGGAUGUUGCGCAAGAGAAGGUUUUUUGGGUUUUUCAGUUCAUCGGGCCGAAGAAACAAGCCAAGAAUUAUUAUUAUGAGUUCGAGGUCAGCGAUGGGCCUAUUAGGAAGUUUAAGGUUACGGAAAUUUGUGAUAAUGAUGUUGCUAGGGCUGAGAGUUUGUUCAAGGAGGAGAGGUGUGUUGCUCUGUCCUUUACUACUGUCAGAAGUUAUUUGAACGAGAAGGGGAAGUUACCUAUUAAAUUUAGGAUUAUGACAGCUAAGAAACAUAAUGAAGCUUCAAAAUGAUUUUCUUGUUUUUUGUAUUCUAUGUUGUAGACUUUAGAACGACUUCGCUCUGUGUUUAAUUUGUCUCUAUUAUUCUUAUUAAAUGAUUGUUUAUAUA